UUUAUUCUAAACGUAGAUAUUAUACAAAAUGAAAAUAAUUACCAUAGCGCGUUUCAUUCGAAGGUUUAAUCAGUGUUAGCUACAACAAUCUUGUUUACAGUGUGUGAGUCUUUACACUGCCAUCGGAAGCAGCGUCGACUCGCUAUUCGAUCCGGUGAUUCAUCGAUUUUCUCAAGUAUGUGAGUCAAUCUCAACAUACAAAAUAUUACAAUUCUGGUGAAGUAAAUUUGCCGGCGGAUUGAAUUUGCUGAUUUUAAUAAGCACAGUUUGAAGUUUGAACAUCAGUUUUUGUAAUACAUAUAUAACAGAUCCUACCAGAAAUGAAAGUAAUUGCUGAUUUACACUAAAAAGCCGACAAAAUUGAACCCUAAAAACAUCACGACACGUCAUGCUGCAGUGUCAGGUUUCCAAUCAACUUUCAUCUUUAAGUAUUAAAGACAAUGGUUCUUCUGCUUACCCGAUGUACGUAAGUACACGAGACCUAAAAUUGGGACUUACAACAUUCUGGCGCUCACCAUAUGGAACUGGCUCCAGAAAACGUGAAUUUCCUACAGUGACACCGACAAAAUCAUGGAAUGACGACACCCAUUUACUCAUGAAUAAUUCAUCCGCGGAAAACAAAGUGAAAGGGAUUUUAAAGUAUGGUGCUUUGGUCGAUUCAAGUUCGGAAGAAUCAGACCCGAGUCGUAAAAAAUUUAAGAAGACAUUAAGAAGAGCCAGCUCGUUUACUGCCCAAAAUAUUUAUACUAAUCAAACAUAUAAAAAAGUGCAGUUUGGCAGACAAAACCACGAAGAAGUUCCCCAGAGCAUUGUUGUGGAUAAAUCGGAGAUUUCUGCUAGCCAGUGUUCACAUAAUCCGACUGACGUAACACUUGUAGAGCAUAAAAACACACCAGACGGUGCACCUACGAGCCCGGUUUCUGUUCCAAAUAAAAGUGUUAAUUUGCCGAAUUUAACCGAGAGUACCGUGACUUCUCGCCCAGCAUCGGUCAACGGUGUUCCCAAUAGUGGUCCUCAAAGUUCAAGCCCAACGGUUAGUCUUACUACACCUACUCACUCGCGAAUUCCUAGACUUUGUCGAUCAUACACAGCUUUACCACUAAAAAAUACAGCCGCGAAUGAAAAUAGUACAAAUGUGCAGAAGAAUUUGUAUCGAGAACCGAACAUCAAGGGUGCCGGAAACAGUCGCCCACGAACAUGGGGUGGUACUCGCAGUGCAAUCCUACCAGAUCAUACGAACUUUUGUAACAGGGAAAAGACAAUUCGCAUUCUAAAAUGGCUACAAGAUGUGGAUGAUAAACAGACGAAAGAAGGGAAAUGUACAGUAUUAAUGAAUAGUGUGGAACUAUUAAUACAAUCAGAUUUAUAGUAGGCUACAGCUAUAAACUAAAAGAUAGCAUGAUUUAAACAUUAUUCAUUGAGAUUUCAUUGUAUGAGUAAUCUUAUUCACGGACAGCACAGGCCUUUCACUUUUUGUGGAUAUUUUUGAAAAUAACUUAUCGCUUGUCUGUUAAUGAUAUAAUUAUUAUGGAAUUGGAUAAUUUCUCAGAAAAAUGAUUAGAUUUAUUCCAAUAUAGGCAUAUUGGAGAACGUUCUGUUUGUUAAUAUGCCUCUAGUAACUCCAGUUAAAAUCUACGCGUGUCAUAAACUUGAAAUCUUUCACAAUUCAACUAAUUCUUAGCUUUCGUUUCAUAUAUAGCUUUAAAGAAUCGAAGAAUUUGUGUUUAAAUAUUCAUCAGGAACGAUAACUCACCGAGACAAUCGUUGACGUAGAUCAAUAUGUGGAUGUGAACCGCACCCUCUAUAAGUGAUUUGAAUCUUUUUAAAACUGUAACAAUUAUUAUUAUUUUUUGUUGUAACCUACGCAAGCAAAUGUUUCAGUUAGGCCCUAUUCUUUGUUUGUUAUGUUGCCCUGACUUUAUUUAUUUAAAUGUGUUUUAGAAUAUUGAAAAUAUGGUUUUACUGAA